AUGGACCAGACCGACGCCGACCUCCCACCCCCCAUGUCCCGCGUCAAGCAUAACCGCAUCGACAUCUGGCGCAACGAGGUCGCGGCCCUCACCCUCGACACGGCCGUCGACACGACCGACGACCCAGCGGGCCACUCCCCGCCUCCCUCCUCCGCCAUCUCCUCCGCCUCCUCCUCCAGCAGCUUCCUCUCCCUCUCCUCCCCCGCCGCCUCGAGGGGCCGCCGCUUCUGGCGCCGCCUAAGCCACCGCCUCACGGGGAGGCCCCUCGACCCCUCGCCCCCCGACGUCGCCAGGACGGACAUGUACCGCACGGAGCAGUCGCUGUCCUCCCCUCGCCAUAACCCCCCGAAAGACCUGGGCAGGAGGGGACGGGCAGAGGCAGACGCCUUAGGCGAGGAGAGCAGCCGUGACGGGCUCCAGGGCGCGCUGGGCGCCAAGCAGGACCGGCUCGAGCGGGCGGCGAGGCUACUCGAGGAGGGUCCCGUCCGGGAAUGA